UUUUCGCCAUAGGGCAGCACUGUGCGUCUUUCGCACGCGUAUUUUUGUGCAGAUUUCGUGUAGAAAUUCAUAGUAAUUUGUUGUGAAUAUAGUGAAAUACAGCUGCAAUUAUGGCACAAUUCGAUCUAACACGCAUCAAUUGUCAGUAUCUGGACAGACACUUGACUUUUCCACUGCUGGAGUUUUUGUGCGGCAAGGAGAUCUACAAUCAGCAAGAGCUGCUAGAGUACAUUCUGGAGACGGUGAACAAGACGAACAUGAUUGAUUACACCAUGGACACGCGCAAGCGUCUCAAUCUCAGCCAGGAGAUGCCGGAUGAGCUGGUGCAGCGCAAGGCCGAGGUCUUGGCCACACUGAAGCAGCUCCAGAACGAGGUGGCGCCCAUCAUGAAGGCAACCGAUAUCCUGAAGAAUGGCGAGAGCAUGAAGGACUCGAAGACCUUUGUGAAUGCGCUGCAAAAGGAUUACAACUUCAAAGUGGAGCACCUGGAGAGCGCCUACAAGUUGGCCAAAUACUUGUAUGAGUGCGGCAACUACCAGGAGUCCACAUCAUAUUUGUAUUUCUGCCUUAUUGUCAUGUCACCCAAUGAUAAGAACUACCUGAACGUGCUGUGGGGCAAGCUGGCCGCCGAGAUUCUGACUCUCAACUGGAACACUGCACUGGAGGAUUUGACACGUCUGCGCGACUACAUUGACAGCGCCAAUUUCUCGACUAUCCAGGCGCUGCAGCAGCGCACCUGGCUGAUCCACUGGUCGGUGCUGGUGUUCUUCAACCAUCCCAAGGGACGCGACCUCAUCAUCGAGAUGUUCCUGUACAAGCCGCUCUAUCUGAACGCUAUACAGACGAUGUGCCCGCACAUUAUGCGUUAUUUGGCCACCGCUGUGGUCAUCAAUCGCACGCGUCGCAAUGCGCUCAAGGAUUUGAUUAAGGUCAUACAGCAGGAGUCGUACACGUAUCGUGAUCCCAUUACCGAGUUCCUCGAGUGUCUCUACGUGAACUUUGACUUUGAGGGCGCCCGCCUGAAGCUGCAUGAGUGCCAAACGGUCAUUUUGAACGACUUCUUCAUUGUCGCCUGCCUCAACGAGUUCGUGGAGGAUGCGCGUCUAAUGAUCUUCGAAACAUUCUGCCGCAUCCAUCAGUGCAUCACCAUCAGCAUGCUGGCCGACAAGCUGAACAUGAAGCCCAACGAGGCUGAAUGCUGGAUAGUCAAUUUGAUACGCAACGCACGUCUGAAUGCCAAGAUCGAUUCGAAGCUGGGUCAUGUGGUGAUGGGCACACAGCCUCUCAGUCCCUAUCAGCAGCUGGUGGAGAAGAUUGACUCGCUGUCCAUGCGCUCAGAGCAUUUGGCAGGUCUGAUUGAGCGCAAGAGCAAACAAAAGAAUCAAGAAUCGAUUGACUCCUGGAAGUACUAUUAAGCAUAAGAUAAACAUAAUUUUUUUGUAUUUGAAACCGUGGCCCAUGAUGUCUGCGUAUGCUUUACAAUUUGUCGAAAAACAAACAACACACGGCGCGAAUAAAACAACAUCCUCUACUCGCAGCCUAAA